AUGAAGAAUCCAGGCACUGUCACUUUUAUCGAAGUAGAUUCUGCUAAUAAGUUCAAGUAUGCUUUUCUUGCCUUUGGUGCAUCUAUUCGAGGUUUUAAGUUGAUGACGAAAGUCAUUUCUAUUGAUGGCGCCCAUUUGAAAUCAAAGUUUAAAGGGACUUUGCUUGCUGCUUCUGCUCAAGAUGGGAAUUUUAAUCUAUAUCCUAUUGCUUUUUCUGUUGUAGAUUCUGAGAAUGACGCAUCUUGGAACUGGUUUUUGCGUUGUUUGAAGACCUUUAUUCCAGACGAAAAUGAUCUGGUUUUUGUAUCAGAUCGCGCAGCUUCAAUUGAAUCUGCUCUUGCAGCAAAUUACCCCCAAGCUCAUCAUGCACUCUGCACUUUUCACUUGCAGAAAAACCUUGAAACAAACUUCAAAGGUUCUACACUUAUUCUUGUAUUUUACGACGCUUCACGGGCCUACACAACACAACUGUUUGAGUACCUCUUUGCUCAAAUAUCCAUAGCCGAUGAAAAAUUGGGAGCAUACCUUUGGCAAGUAGAUGUUCGGAAAUGGGCUCGUGCAAUGUCGCCUUCAAAUAGGUACAAUAUCAUGACAUCAGACUUGGCUGAGUCUGUGAAUUCUUUGUUGAAAGAGACACGUGAGUACCCAAUUGUAUGCUUGUUUGAUACAAUCCGCUCUAUUAUGACAAGAUGGUUCCAUGAACGACGAGAAGAGAGCUGUCGACAUCCGUAUGCAGUUACUUCAAACGUGUCACAGAUUAUGAAUUCUUCGUAUAAUGAAUCUUCCCGCUGGCUUGAAGUCUGUCCAGUAAAUCAAAAUGUAUUUGAGGUUAAAGGAGGUGAACAAUUGCAUAAGGUGAAUUUGGAUGCUAGAAGUUGCACAUGUCGUGUGUUUGAUAUCGACAGGUUCCCCUGCGCACACGCAAUCGCUGCUGCAAAACAUGUUAAUCUCAACGAAAACAUGUUUGUUGAUGAUUUUUAUUCCACUGAUAGGUGGCGUUUAUCAUAUUCGGAAAGCAUUUACCCAGUAGGUGAUAUGACGUACUGGGAGAUUCCAGAGACUAUUUCUAAUUUCGUCAGUCGGCCACCUUCAACUCGUAUACCUAGUGGCAGGCGGAAGAAAAAGAGAAUACGUUGUUCAUGGGAGCAUGGAAGGUCUACGACAAAAAAAAGGCAUACAAAUGCAGCAGGUGUGGCCAGUCUGGACACAACAAAUCCAGUUGUGUAGCUGCUAUCUAACUCCUUAUUUAAUUCAUCUUGAAUUUGUUAUU